AUGAGCAAGCGCCGUUCAGGUGAAAAGCUUGUCUUCUAUGACCUGCAUAGUGGUGGCGUCAAGGUCCAGGUUAUGGCUGAUGCAAGAAACUCUGACUUGGAUGAGGUUGAAUUUGGCAAAUUUCAUUCUAAUGUGAAGCAAGGCGACAUUGUUGGUGUCACUGGAUUUCUAGGGAAAAGUAAGAAAGGAGAGCUUAGUAUUUUCCCCAAUACUUUUAUAGUGUUGUCUCAUUGUCUGCACUCGAUGCCCAACCGAAAGCCUCUUGCUGCUGCUCGCAAAAAAGCUGCUGCUGCUGCUCGCAAUAAAGCAAAUUUGACGGUGAAGGGAAAUUCAUGGGAUGAGUCGCUACUCAUAUGGUACUCUGACAAGGAAGAAAAACAAAUUAAGCUCAGUACUGUUUCAAAGAUCAUUCCUGGGCAGCGAACUGCAACAUUUCAGCGGUAUCCUCGACCUGAAAAGGAGUAUCAGUCAUUUUCUCUUAUAUACAACAAUGAUAGGUCCUUUAUUGAAUAUUGUCUUAAUUUUUUGUUCACUCAUGGUCAUCGUGGUAAAAAGCUAAGUCUGUCAAUUAGCAAGGACAAAGAAGAAGCUGAGAUCUGGUUUGCCGGUCUAAGAGCAUUAGUUACCCGAGGUAACUAUCGCAAGUGGCGAUUCGAACCAAGACCUGAAAGUCUGUGUUCUGAUAGUCCAAAGUCUAGCAGAAGAUCCACUCCAUCAUUUCCACCAUUUGAUCCUGGAGAUAUUGACAGAGUUUCUUUUCAAAAUUCUUCGCCAAAUAAAUGGGUAAAGGCUUUCUCUGAAAUAAUUUCAUACACUGCACCUAGCAAGAGCUCCAGUCAAGCCGAAUCAAUUACCAAUUCCUCUAUUUCCUCCUCCGGGUCUGUGGAUAACUUGAGCAAUCGAAAUUCUGCAUCUGAGGCAAUUCGAAUCAGUUUAUCCAGUGUUGUAAGUUCAUCCAGCCAGGGUUCUUGUCAUGAAGAUAUUGAUGCUUUAGGAGAUGUUUUUAUUUGGGGAGAAGGUAUCAAUGAUGGAAUUCUUGGUGGUGGCCUGCAUAGGGUUGGAAACUUAUCUAUUUCAGAGAUGGAUGCAUUCCUUCCCAAGGCACUGGAAUCAAAAGUGGUUCUAGAUGUUCAUAGUAUUGGUUGUGGCUAUAAACAUGCUGCAUAUUAUAUCCACUUCACUAUUUUGAUUAUUUUCAUUUACAUUUGUUGUAUUUUUUAGUGUAUGUGCAGUGAGUGUGCAAAAGCUUAUAGAGAUCAAGAUAAACAAUGGUGACGACCAAUGCCUUGAAGCCAAGCUGAAUUAAGUGCAUAGUUUUAUUUUUUAUGUUUUAUUCACUUUAUGUAAAUUGCAGUCAAUAAUUUGUUUAUAGCUCAUAUGUAUUGUUAUUGUAAUCAAUAGAAAAAUAGAUUCUAUGUCGUUGUCUUGUUGCUGAAUGUUACUCCUGCUCAUUUAAAUUGUAUAGAUGGAAAGUUUGUUCCUUAUGUGGUCGUGACACAAUUCUUUGCGGUCACACCAUGAUUUGAAUUGUUUGGAGUUGUGUUGUCUUCUUUGGUUCACAUGUAUGAAUUCAUGGUUUAUUAUGUGAA